CAAACCCAUACGAUCAAGCAACAGGAGUGUGUCGAUAUUUCCAUCUCUUCAUAUACUUCCCGGUUGAUGCUCUCUCCAGACGGUUCCGGGACGCUUCUCCAGCCUAAAGCUGAUUUCUCAACAUCUUGACCCUGGCUGCUGAACCCGGAAUCCAGUGUCGCAACACGCCGUCAAGACCCGGGAGAUCCAGAUACUCCAGAACUGACCUACAGGUAUUGAGGUCUUGGCAACUGCUGGAAGUUGCAUGGCAGAAGUUGCUGAGCUCCAUGGCGAGCUUCCUCCUGCUCGCCAAAGCCUAUCGAAUCCCUCUGACCAAGAGGCAUUAGAAUUGGAUGAGGCUCAAUACGAUCCUUUUCCACAACUGUCGACCGUGGUCACAAAUCAAAGCACUCCUAGAGCUUUGCGCUGGUGGCGGAGGCAUGUUUCUCUGGGUGUGCCUCAUGUGAAAUGCCGUGAUCAUUUAGCAAAUGAGAGAACUUUCCUAGGUUAUCUCCGGACAGGACAAGCAUUUGCAAUGUUAGGCGUGAUUAUCGCACAGGUUAUGCGACUUCAACAUAGCCUCAACCCCAACCCGGUCCUCGGCUACUUCGUCGUCAGCAUUCCCUUGUCGUCGGUCUGUCAUGGGUCGGCAAUAGCUGUAUCAGCUUUUGGGGCACUAAGAUUCUUUCGCUAUCAGAGGGAAAUGGCCCGAGGAUAUGCUGUUUGUGGAGGGUGGGAGAUCAAAGCUAUUGGGACGCUGACCACCUUGAUUAUUCUGUCAAUCUUCUGCCUAGCCUUGGCCAUUACCAUCGAGAAGGGCUAACUCCAUUUGCUCGGAGAGAGAAAUGACCUAGUCCUGAGCCUCGAGCAAGAGGGCAAGGAGUCAGGCCAGACCUUGGGACGUUCGGUUCUUAUUUCCACGAGACUGCAAUAUCGAAAGCAGCAGCACUAUUAGCCCUGUCGGUCGGCCACCCUGCCAAGAAAGGGGAAGUGCUCUCAUCAAGUUCCAUUGGGUGGCUUGAUGCUCGCCACGCCCGGCUGGACCAUGAAAAGCCCAGAGUACUUUCUUCCGCAUAUACAAAUCAACCGGUGGCCCUGCAGUGAAGAGAACAUGCCGGAACCGAAGCCGGAGACCCCGAAUUCUGCCUCGAGGGCCACUCUCGAGGCCGCUGGGCUCGGAUCAUGCGCAUUUGCCGUUUGGUGCAUGCACCAUGGCCUGCUCAUGUGGCAUAACGAGCUUGGGGCUUGUCACAGCUUCUUGGAAUGGCUCAUGAGCCCAGGGAAAUACUAAAUUCCUUUCGGCCACACUAGUAACAAUGUCGCUGUGGCAUCCACCUAACAGCGGAAUCGAUAAAGGACAAUGACUGGAGUGAAGGCAGCUAACCAAUGUUAAAAGGUUGAUAAUGUGUGAAGUAUUGUGCGAAUGCAACAGUCCAGCACUUUGGCAGCUGCAAGAAGUUCAAUCACAUCAUCACCUCCAGCUGUCAACCCAAGUCGAAAGAUAAGGCCUCAAGCUUGGCCGUCUGCUUUGCAUUGGCCUCUUUGGCGGUGCACACCUCCAGAAAGAAUCCUUUCCCGUUACUACCCAUGAUGCAAGGCUUCCAUCACAGUGGCCCUGCGCCGGCACACGCGAGCACCAACUUCCUAUACCUCAUCACCAACCCAGAGCGCAACAAUCAAAUAUCAUCUGCGGCCAUUCGGUCAGGCUCGGCUUCAGCCUCUUUUCUAUUGCUUGCUGACCGACCUAGGGCAUCGCGGUCCUGGUCUGAUGGAGAAUUCGCUCCGAACCACAGAUCAAGCCCAAUAAGAGCCGCCCAGGACGCGCUCAGCAAGGAGAUCACGUGACCGUCUGGCUCAAGCGCCCUGCUACCUCAGCCCCCUUUUCACACUCUCGACCACGAGUAUGGCAAUAUCCGGACCUUGGGAGAAUAAAAUAUGCCUUACCAGGAUGGCCGGGCCAGUGUGGAGUCCUAAAAGCUCUAUUCUUUGGGGAAAGCUCGUUCCUUAUGCCUGGAGGCGAAGCAGCCCGGCAUCAGCAGCCUGCUUUCCGUCAGCUUGCCGUGGGCAUUAGGUAUGCAUCUUUUCUCCAUUCAGAGUUUCUUUGCCAUCCACCAAGUGCCUGGAUUUCUCCAUUGCUGGAAGGAUGGCCAUACUAGCGACCUUGUGCACCAACCUGGUGACCCUGCGGUUCAAGUAUUUCAAGAGUGAAUUCCCCGAGAUGUGCUUCACAGACGUAGGUCCAGUUCGCAGCUCAUGUCGGUGCCGCAAGAAGAGCUCUCCAGGCUCUCCUUAGGGGACACUUACAUGGCAUUUUCGGAAACCACUUUGCAACAGAGGAAACACGAGAUCUGGGAUAUCGUCUCUUCAUUCGACCGAUGGUUGUUCGCAGCAGAGUAUAGGCUUGAGAUUUGGGACCAGAUAACGGAUUAUCAGCGUGGCAGACCGCUGUCGGACCUAACCAUCUCCGAGGACCUUACAGGUACCCUGCUGCAAGCUGGCUGCCACGAUCCUGAGAUCUGGAAUGGACUCAACAGAUUCUAUACGCCAGCGAAGAGGGCCAAAUUAUUCACGGAAAAAUUGAAACGGCGUUUCGAGGGAAUGUUCAACGACUACCAAACACUGACCAGGGCCGGAGAGCGUGAGCCCGGACGAAUUCAAUUACUGAGCGAAACAUCCGCAGUCAGGUUGGAAGAGAUAUUUCAUGAUUUCCGUCGCUUCACUGCAAUUGCAUUCAAUGAUCUGAAGCUGAGGUUGGAAGGGAGAGCAGCUACUUUGAUUGUUCUCUUGGACGUGUUGAAACGAAUAUGCCAGGAUCCCAGUGGCUUUCAAUCAAUGCCUCAGAGCAGCCUAUAUCGUCGAUUGAUCUAUGAGGCCCCGACAAACCAGAGAACGUUUAUGCUUGAUGCGCUCGAUGCUAUUCGCGACACCCGAGUCACCAUUCCUUCCAGAGACCUCUUGGAGAUAGCAGACUAUCUGCGGGCCAUUGCGGCCGCGCUCAGUGUCAACGAAGCUCCCGCACAGUACCAACGCAGGCUCCAGGAAGUCAGGGAUGCCGUUGAGGCAAGAGCUGAAUGACGACUUGGAGGAUAACGGCAGGACAUUCGAGGUUUCGGAAGCAACUGAGAAUGGCACCAGAGGGCGCAGGCCCUUGCCAGAGUUCGGGAAAGAUUUUCUCUUAGUUGGAACAAAGCAAGGCCUGCGUGAGAUGGGCUGUUCCGGACGAGAGGAGCUAGGUUAACUUUUUUCCAGUUUACUGCUUUUUUUGCACCCUAAUCGUCAAUCAGGAGAGAUACCAUCGCGGAAAGAUUCGAGAGGGCCCAGCGGGUUUUGAUUUGCGUUCUGCCUGGUAGCUCGUGAUAUGGGUUCAUCUACGGGUAGAUCAUCUCGGUAUAUUUCAGUCUAGGUUAAUGUCAU